GAGUUUCACAAGACCUCUCGCAGGAGCUGUUUUCUGAUGAUCUUGCGGGCUAAUCCCCCCUUUUUAUUUAUUUAUUUAUUUUUUUGACGUGGGUUUGGGACAUUUCGUUGUGUGGCUGCUUGAACGAUCCAAGUGUUUAGGGGGUGAUUGUCGGUCGGCAGAUGGUGGGUUUGAGGGCAUGAGUCGUUGUUAUAGACACAUAGAUGGGUUGUGAAUCUAUCCAUUUGCGGGGUUUAAUCUCCCUCUGUGCUUCUAGGACUUUUGGUUUUUGAUUUUGUUUUCGAUUUUUAAAAUUUUCGUUUGAGAUUCAGACUUUGCUUUUAAACAUAGAAGUAUUUACUGUAGGUAGGGAGCAGCGAUGGCACCCGGGCGAAGCUGUUGCAAUUAUCGCGUGUUUCUCUGUUUCGUGGCAGCAGCCACCAUUGCAAUAUUCGGUCUAUUAGGGCUCCUCAAACCUCUCAGCAAUGACUGCAAAAUGACUUUCAUGUAUCCGAAUUACAUACCAGUCCCUCUUCCCGUCGAUAGGAAGCAUAAUAAAUAUGGAGUGUAUCUUUACCACGAGGGGUGGAAGAGAGUCGAUCAUCGGGAGCAUCUCUCGCAGCUGUCGGGUGUGCCAGUUCUCUUCAUUCCAGGAAAUGGUGGCUCUUUUAAGCAAGUACGAUCAGUGGCUGCAGAAUCUGAUAGGGCUUAUAACGUAGGGCCCGCAGAUGGGUAUUACUACGAGCAAUCAUCUCUUACGCCGCUUGAAGCAGGUUCGGAUGAGCGUGACAUUGCUGAGUUAUUGGCCGGAACCAAAGUGGAUGAGCAGUAUCCAAACCAUCUAGACUGGUUCUCAGUUGAUUUAGAGGGCGAGAAGUCGGCCAUGGACGGCUGGAUUCUCGAGCAACACGCGAACUAUGUCGUCAAAGCAGUUCAUAGGAUUUUAGAUAUUUACAAGGAAUCAAUGGAGUUGCGGAAACAACACAAUGAAAGCAGAUCGGAGGCUUUGCCGACUAACGUCAUCCUGGUUGGGCACUCGAUGGGGGGUUUCGUCGCUCGAGCUGUUGUUGUCCAUCCGGGCUUGAGAAAAGGUGCAGUAGAGACUGUGCUCACGCUAUCUAGCCCACACCGGUCGCCACCUCUGGCUGUGCAACCAUCGUUUGGGAACUUUUUUUCCCGUGUGAACAAUGCUUGGAUACGUGGAUAUGAAUCUGCCAAAGAGUCAGAAGCUCCACUCUCAAAGACGGUGGUUGUUUCUAUUACAGGAGGUGCUCAUGAUUAUCAGGUUCGAUCUCGAAUGUCUUCAUUAGAUGGUAUCGUGCCUCCAACACACGGGCUAACAGUGGCCACAUCAGGAAUGGUGAAAAUCUGGAUGUCCAUGGAACAUCAGAGCAUACUUUGGUGUAACCAGAUGGUGGUCCAGGUGGGACACACUCUACUUCAGUUGAUAGAUAGGAGAACUGGUCAACAAUAUACAAGCCCACACGUGAGACUAGCUAUUUUUGUGUCCAACUUUCGCAGCGCACUCCCUCAAACAUUCAAUCUGCUGCCCCACAGGAAUAAGCUUUCGCCUUAUACACAACCUUAUCGAAAGGUCUCGGAGAAAGCCAUUAGUGCAAAAGAUGUUGGUCUAGAUACGAACGUGGUUUCUAAGGCGCAGGUGCAAGUUUCAACGAAAUCUGGGUUCCAACCAAUGAAAUCGACUCAAUUUGCAUGCCCACAAAAGAUUCACUGGGUAGGUGAUAUGUUCGACGACAUCCAUAUAAAGCAACCCAUCAUGAACGUUUUAUCAAUGGACGGUAAACGGCGAUGGAUGGACAUUGAGGAACUGGGGCGCAAGGGCAGGGACAAGCACGCGUGGUUUGUUCUCGUAACAAACUUGUCCCCAUGUGUAGGAAUGCGGGUGCACCUCUGGCCAGAGAAGAGCCGGUCGGGUGACAUGGCAGCUUCCGAGCGUGUUGUGGAGGUGACAAAGAAGAUGGUUCAGCUUCCAUCUGGACCUACUCCACCACAGAUCGAACCAGGAGGACCUGGAGAGCAGGCCUCACCUUCGGGAGUGCUUCAGUUGAGCCCCAGUGAGCUCAGUGGAUUCCGAUAUUUGACAGUCUCUGUUGCUCCUACGCCGACCCUUGUUGGAAGCAUUCCCCCUACUGUAACCAUGGCAGUGGCUCAUUUCUUUGAUCCUGAUCAAGGAAAGACAUCUCUAUCUACUACAUGGCUUUUGGCCUCUCUAUACAAACGUCAGUUUUUGUGGCUGUGGGAAUACCACCCGAUGGUGUGGCAAGUCUCAGUCGCGGUUUCAUUAAGUACUUUGCCUAUUACCCUCGAUGUGAAGAUAGUGAGCUGUGGGGUAAAAACUGAAGGUCUAGCAAAGGAACAUCCAGAGCCUGAGGAUAUUCUAAAACUCUGCAAAGCGCGGUGCUUUCCACCAGUUGCGCUAGUGUGGGAUCCCCCGUAUGGCCUGGACGUCUACCCCAAUCUUACAACGCAAGUUAUUGUGGUUGAUUCCUCUCCUCCGACGUGGGGCUCCACUUAUGGAUCUGAACACUCCACUAUUCUUCUCUUGGCUGACCCACACUGUGUAUAUGACAUCGGUGUUAGUGUGUCGCUGAUAACAUCAGCAAGUCGGUUUCUUCUUGUUAAUGGGUUACAGAUAGUCGGGCUUUGUAUUGCAGUGGUCUUGUUUGCUCUCAUGAGGCAAGCUCGAGCAUGGGAGGUGGACAACUCUGUCCCUUCAUUCCUUGCUUGUAUGGAGGCCAACUUCAUGCUUCCUGUCCCAUUCUUGGCUGUGACCCUGGGUCCGAUCCUAGUUUACUUCUCUAUUGUCGAUUUCGGAUCUGAAAGGCGGCCGACUUUGAGUAGUUUCUUGGGAGUCUCACUCGCAUGCUAUCUCUUUGCGAACGGAACUUUGGCUCUCUUGGCGUAUCUCUGUAAUGCAGUGCUAAGCCUUGCACACUCUGCCUACACGUGGUACAUUUCUAGGUGGCCACCUCGGCAUGAUCAGUGGACCAAGCGAGUAUUAAAGUCGUGUGGCACAGCCCUCUUGAACAUUCAGGUAGUCAGGAAGCUGAGGACGUGGCCGAUGACGACCCUAGGGAUUGGUAUUUCAGUUUUGGUGCUCUUUGGGCACCCCAGCUUAGGUCUUCUAGUUCUGCUAGUAGUGCACACAUGGAGAUGUUUUUGGUCGCUUGUUAGCUUGAGGCAGCAGUUGUGUCCAACCUUAAUUUCAAAGAAGGAAGAUAGCCCGCUUCUUCCAAGUAACGGCAAUUCGUUAUCGGACGGCUUUAAUGCCAAGCCUUUGUUAUUUAGUGAUGGAGAAUCACAUUCGGAAAUCUUUUAUCAUCAGCAAGGACUUCUCAUACUCCAUCUCGUCGUUAUGAUCAUACUUGUUCCUUCUUUAGUUGCCUGGGCACAGAGAUUAGGUUUGGAAUGGACAACGCCAGCUCUGCUUGAUUCAACUUCGUCAUUGGCGGCCAUCCUGCAUGGCCUCUACAACAUCAACGUGGAUAUCAAUAUUUCAUUGGUCAAAGUCCCUCGCCUGUAUGGUCCUCCUGCUCCUGAUGCCGGGUUGAGCUUCAUUUAUCUGCUCGCGGGAUCAUAUUGCUUCUGGGCCGGACUGGCACUGGCACCUUACAGGGCAUUUUACGCCCUUGGUUUGGUUGGAAUUACCAUUGCUGGAAUUAGAAUUCGAGAUUCUCAAGCUAGAGGUAGGGGUAGGCGGCAUUUUCAUAGACAUUGAAGCAAAGCAAUCAUUCUUUCUCCUCUUAAAUCCUCUCUAACUGGGGACGAGAUUAUGUGGAGACGCUCUUUUGGCCAUUUCUACAGGCAUUUUGGACCUGUUUUGCCGCAACGACGAGUUUCCAGAGGUUGAGUUAGUGCCAACUUAGUGGACAUCGCUUGAGCUCUUCCUUCACAUCAAUCAAUCUGCAAACAUCAACGGAACUAACACUGUUUGCGACUUCAACCAAGUUGAAAGAAAGAUGCACGAACCAGCUUGCAGUUGCGCAAGUGGCCAUGCCCGACGGUACUUGGCCUUCCUUUUCAUCACCAUAUUACCUAACUCCAAGCUUAAGGUGGACGUUGUUAGCGGGUGCCUGAAGCGUGUAGUCGUGAGGGAGAAUUUGUGCGAAGGCCGAAGAGUACCAGACGAUUUUUAGCGGAGCGUGUGUCAGCAGUUUCGUGGAUCUUGUGGGGGCUGUCAUUCUGAAAUGAUACGAGACCACUUGUGAUCAGUGUGCGAGUAUAUCCCGAUUGGAACUUUUGUUGUUGGCCCUUGUAGUGCCCCAGUAUUAUCAAAUUCUUGUUUCGUUGAAUGCGCGCUGCCUGGUUGUGUUAUUUCUUCAGUAACCUGAUUUUAGGGCAUACCUGCCUUUGAAUGUUGCAACAUUAUUUAAGAUGCAUCUUGGCGGCGCGCUUCAUUUUUAGUGUGUAUUUUUAGUGUACUGAAAGUUUAAUGAAUAGUGACCAUUUGAAGGCUUCAAAACUA